AUGACAGUGCGGCCGCGCUUCCAGGACUGGCGCAUCAUCAACGCGCAGGCGCUGGUAACCGGCCGCGUUGUGCCCGGCGACCCGGGCCGGCUCGUGGUCGAGUUUCGCCUUUGGGACGUGUUUGCCGAGCAGGAUCUGGUGGGCCUGAAGCUGAGCGGCGCGAGAGAGGCGUGGCGCUCGAUCGCCCACACCAUGUCCGACAAGAUCUACGAGCGGCUGACCGGAGAGAGCGGGUAUUUCCACACCCGGAUCGUCUAUAUCGCCGAGACCGGGCCGCCGGAUUUGCGAAUCAAGCGGCUCGCGAUCAUGGAUCAGGACGGCCACAACCUGCGCUACCUGUCGGACGGCAGGCACCUGGUGCUCACGCCGCGUUUUUCGCCCACAGCUCAGGAGAUUACCUAUCUCUCUUACGAGCGCGGCGUGCCCAAGGUCUACCUGCGCGACAUCGACACCGGCCAACAGGAACUGCUCGGAGACUUUCCCGGCAUGACCUUCGCGCCACGCUUCUCGCCGGACGGCAAUCAGGUGGUUAUGACCAUGGCGCAGAGGGGCAAUUCGGACAUCUACGAGAUGGAUCUGCGCUCGCGCCAGGUCAGGCAGCUUACCAACAACCCGGCGAUCGAGACGGCGCCCUGCUAUUCGCCGGACGGCGCCUUCAUCGCCUUCGAAUCCGACCGGGGCGGCAGCCAGCAGAUUUAUGUCAUGCGCACGCGAUGGGAGCGACGAGCACCGCAUCACGUUCGGCAAGGGUCGCUACGGAACCCCGCGCUCGGCGUGGCGGCCUGCGAAAGCACGCCCCAGGACACCGGAUCCAGCAGCGGCGCAGGAGUCGACGAGACGAUCUCAUCGGGCACGGAUGUGACCUCCACCGACGUCACGAUCGAGGAGGAGACAACCGUGGCAGCCCUCGACCCGAGCCAGCCGCUCCCGGGAUCGCAGGAGGAGCUGGUUCAGAACGUCGGCGACCGCGUCUUCUUCGAGUUCGAUAGCGCGGUCCUCGGCGCAGAGGCGCGCCGGACGCUGGAUCGGCAGGCCGAAUGGCUAAGGCUGUUCCCCGAGAUCGCGCUGGUCCUCGAGGGUCAUGCCGACGAACGCGGCACGCGCGAAUACAACCUCGCGCUUGGCGAGCGCCGCGCUAACGCCGUCCGCGAAUACCUGAUCACUCAAGGCAUCGCACCGUCGCGGCUGAGAACGAUCUCGUACGGUAAGGAGCGGCCUUACGCGCUCGGCCACAAUGAAGAGGCGUGGGCGCUCAACCGGCGCUCCGUCUCCGUCAUCGACUAG